UCGAGGAACCAGCAUUUAAAGGAUACAAAUCCGAAUAUCAGAUACAAUCGGGGGGAACCAGUUAACAGUAUUCAAUAACACAAUGAAAAAUAUCGCAAUGAAAUUAUUAGUAAUAUGGCUUCCAAAGUGAACGACAUUAAUAUUAUUGAGCAGAAUGGAAUUGUGCAUAUUGGUGAUAACAUAACAUACAUCAAUCGGAGCUGCCUUUGUAAUUCAGGUAACCACCACCAUGAUUAUAACAACCCAGUCCAAGAAACAUUAUCUUUCAAUGCUACACCUGGAAGAAUAUCAAUAGAACCUGUUCGACCAAAUUUUCCACUCAAUGACAAUGACCAUAACUCUCAUAGGGAUACUGUUUCUGAUUUUGACUCCGGAGUUUGUGUUUGCGCAGUUCACCGGCAAGACAAUCACAUUUCACUUGAGAGAAGCUUAUCAAGAUGUGUAACUAAUUUGAUCCAAGAUAAUAACAGUGAAUGUACACAUUUUGAAGUGCAAUUCAAAGUCAAAAUUACAUGCAAAAAAUGUAUGGAAAGAAAUCUGGUAGCAACAUACAACUACACAUCAGAAGAAUAUGAGUGUACUCUUACUAGUUCUAUGGAUGACUUCGAUGAAAAUAAACCUCUUCGACUAAAUAGGGUAUCCUGUCAACCUCAAUCAGAGACACCAUUUCAGGCAUUUUUGGCUAAAUCACAAAACAUUAUAAAAGAGGAGGGGAAUUUUAUUCGUAUCAUCACUAAAAUUUAUGAAAAUGGUAGGAAGGUGAGAAUCAAGCUUCGUUUUGAUGUCCGAAGCAGUGUGAAAAGACGCGCUAAAAGUUUCUCAGAUUUAGAUACUUUGAAACAGGUGCAAGUGUCAAAAAAUAUCUCUAAAAAAUCAAAUAGUUUUACGAAUAUACAUGAAAAGUGUUUUUCCAAGUCCUGUACAUCUCUUGUUGGUAAUGCACAUUCCAGAAUCACUAUUCUUGAUGGCGAAGCAAACGUUGAAGAUUCGGCGAAUUCUGAAGAAAUUCUACACAAGAUUGACAAGAAUAUUUGUGAACUUGGUGAUGACGUGACCGAUGGGGCGGAUAAAGCACUGAAUGGUUUUCCGGACCGUGAAUAUUUUUCCAGCGGAAAAUUUGGACAUUUGUACAAAGUUUGUAGGGAGGGAAGACACCAGUUGAUUAAGGUUGUGCCGAAAACAGAACCAGGAAACGAAACAUUUAUAGAGGAAGCAAAGCAGUUUUGUAAGUGCAAGCACCCGUUUAUUCGCCCUACUGUCGGUAUUAUUGAAGGCAAUGAAAAAUCAUUAGUAUUUUACUGGUUUCUGGAUGGUCAGUCUCUAUUCGAAGCAAUAGAAGCGAAUGUCAUUAGAAAUUACCUUACCUAUUUCCGGAUACUAUACGGCAUAGUAAAAGGACUGGCAUAUUUGAAAGGCAUGGGAAUUACUUGCAAGUUUCUGACUCCAGAGAAAGUAUUGCUGGACAGUUCCUUCAACCCUCGUAUUUCUGGUGUUGGCCUGUCAUAUUUUAAAAGUCCUGAAGAUACACAAACCCAAACCAACCAUGCUCACGGCUUUCAUAGAUCUUUAUCCUAUCUUGAUGUUAACUUGAGAAGUAGAAAAACUAUUCAUCCGAAGAAUGUGCUGUGGAGCGUUGGCAUAUGUAUUUGGGAUAUGCUUUUGGGAAAGAUAUGUCAGAAGGCUGGACAGGAAGAUAUCUUGUCUGAACAUAAAAUACUUACUUAUCUGGAGACACCUUGCGACUCACAAACAAUUAAAUCUGCUUGUUUCAGUGAUAAACUACGAAAAAUUGUUUAUGGAGCGGGUUGGCCUCGUAACAAAGAGAUUACCAAAUCGCUUGUAGUUUUAGCAGUAAGAUGUAUGAUGUUGGAUCUCGAAGAAAGAAUGAGUCUAGAAGAUCUUUCUAAUAAAUUGGAGAUCGAAUCAUGUGAACUCCGAAAGAAUGAAAAAAUGUCUUUGUAUGAAAACGUGGACAAUCUGUGCCUUUACUGCAUAAACAAUGCAAAAGGUAAUCUUUCAUUGACAUGUGGUUGUGCAACAGCAUGUUAUGAUUGUCUUCGUAAUACUGGGGCGUUGGAAUGUCCGGAGCAUGGAAUCCAUCAUUCAAAAAUUGGUCAUCCCCUCGCAUAUGGUCUUAUCAUACAGGGAGAAUUCACCGAAAAUAAGCGUAUCACAGAGAAUGAUUCUGUGGCUAUGGAACUUCUUUUCAACGACAAGGAAAUUUUUGCCUUUAAGAAUGGAAAUAUGAGACGUUUAAAUAUGAAAAGUCAAAGUGAAGCCUUUGAAGAAUUAGGAAGAAUUAAAAAGAAGAUUUUGGAGGACAAGAAGAAAAAAGAGAACGAAAAGUACCCGACAACAUUGUUGCUUCACCUCACAGGUCAUUGUAAUGAAUCUGGUAGCUUGAUCCUGCAAAAUGGUGAUAAACCAAACGAUAAGAAAAUCUUUAAGAAAAAAAUCCUUUGUGAGUUCAUUCGCGAUGUAAAUCCUAAGAAUCUAGUCGUAUUCGCUAAUGGUCAUUAUUCGGAAAAGUUGGUAAAAAGUCUUUCAGAAAGCCAAAAAUGUAAUUUUUUUACAAACAACAGCAAAUUCUUUGGCGUGUUUUCACAUGCAGGCAAUUUGUGUGGAAUGUCGCACGAAGAUAUCAGUGUUGACAACAGUAUUUUUGUAAGCUUCAUAUUAGAUAUCCUUAAAAAAGAUGCAGUUUCCUCCGGUUCAAAUGGAGCGAUAAAAGACAAAAGACAUCUAACAGCAUCAGAGUUCACUGCAGAGAUCAGUGAACGAAUGAAGACGAGAUUUAACAGAUGUUUGAAGCCAAUUGACAAGGACGGCCGUGAUAUUCCAAUUGCAUACAUUUGAAUAGUUGUGCAUGGUGAUUACAGUACAGCACGAACGUAAACUGUGUAAAUUUGUAAAAAGAAAUCCUAUUCAUUAGCUCUGUUAUUAUAUAGUAAUUGUUUGAUGGUGGGUGAUCCCAAUAACUCAUAUAUAGAAGCAUUUUUCAGCUAGAAACGCAGUGGAGAUGUUCAUUCAGGACGCAAUACUUUGAUAUAAUUAAUUUAAUAUUUUUAUAUGCUGUAAAAUGUUCACAAUUGUUAUAUUUAAAUCUUUAUAACAUAGAUGGUUUUCAUGAAGUAUGUUGUAAGCCAGCCAUAUUGUUGUAAUUUUUAAAGAAUAUAAAAAUGGAUGAAAACAUUGGAUGA